AUGACUGGAUUUAGUGCCUCCAUUAAAAGUAAAGCAGUCACCCCUAAAGAUAACUGGAGGACCAUUAGGGAGAACGCUGUGAUAAACAUCAAAUUCGAUCUUGACACUCAUUCUUGUGCUAACCUAACCGUGUGGAAGAUCGACAACUAUCCUAAACCGGUGGAGCCAUACACUACAAGCACAGGUGCAGAGUUGGGAAAUCCGCUAGACGUGAACAGCUGGUUUCAAAUUUGGCCUCUCGUCAGCUCGAUGUAUAAGAUAGUAUUCUGUCCAGAGAAGUUCCAUUGCGAAAAUGUUGGCGUCUCAGGGAAUAGUGUUGGAUAUUGGCGUUUGGCUCUCCAAGCUAAUCCAAAGGCCUUUGUGUUCAAACGUGAUAAGAGAAUUGGGAUGGAAAUUGUGUAA